AUGGCCUCCUCCAAGCUCCUGACCACCGCCGUGAGCUCCUCCAUCCGGCGCUUCUACCGCCUCGCCUCCUCCCCCCUCCUGCCGCCGCCCGCCUCCCGCCGCCUCCCGGUGCCACUCCUCUCCGCACGCUUCUGCUCCGCCGCAACAGCAGCCGCCCCCGCGCCGGUGGAUGCCGCCUACUCGGCCGUCGCCGCCGCCACGGCAGCCGCCCCCGCGCCCGUGGACGCCGCCUACUCCGCCGUCGCCGCGGUCUCCGAGGGCCACCCGUGGCCGGAGUGGGCCGACUUCCUCGAGAAGCUGCGGGCCAAGGGGUACUUCGUGCGGCCCCCCCUCGCCUCCGGCGCCCCCGUGGGGGAAGAGGUGGCCGCGGAUGCCGUGGGCAAGCCCGACUACCCCUUCAGGGACCAGAACAGGGUGAAGAACGCGUGCCUCAACUUCGCGCGCGAGCGCUUUGAUCUUCUCAGCUCUCUUCCCAAGAAGGAUAUUCAAGCUAUUGUCGAGUGUGGUUGUCCUAAUAUCUUCCGAAAGGCUGUCAGUUCUGCAAAAAGGCUGAGAGAAUUUGUGCAGGUUGACGAAGGAGAUGCAUGCAGUGUUUGCAAAUUACGUGGAUCUUGUGAUAAGGCUUAUGUCAUUCCAAAAGCUGAGGAAGCAGCUCGUACCGUUGAUGUUGUGCGCAUACUGCUAACUUAUGCAAUAGAUCCAGCCACCCUAUCUGGAGAAAAUUCUGUUGGUGGGGGUGUGCAAGAAUCUGCAAGGAAGCUUCUCUCAGAUAUGACUAUGCUUUGUGACACAACAAUUGAUCCAUCUCUUCCUAAACCUGUAAUUCACACUUAUAGCAAGCAGGAUUCAUCAACCAAACCUGACAAGGGCAAACAAUCAUCUAGGGUAUCAGCUGGAAAGGGUAGAGAAACGGCUGUGACUGAAAUGAAGAAGGGUGACUGGCUUUGCUCGAACUGCAACUUCUUAAAUUUUGCUCGAAAUCGUCAGUGUCUUGAAUGCAAAGUAGAUGGACCAAAGAAGAUAGAAGCAGCCACCAGUGAAAUGAAAAUGGGAGAUUGGAUCUGUCCAGGGUGCGCUUUUAUGAACUUCUCUCGCAAUAAGAUGUGUUUUAAAUGUGAAGGACAACGGCCAAAGAGGCAGCUCAACCCUGGAGAGUGGGAAUGCCCCUCAUGUGAUUUUGUUAACUUCCGACGGAACCAGGAGUGCAAAAAAUGCAGCCAUGACCGCCCCGAAGACGAUACCCAGGAUAAUAAGCUUGGAUACGAUGUGUGGAGGAACACCAAGGGAGCUGGCAAGGAUAGAAGCUUUGACUCUGUUCAUCAGGGAGACGACGACGGCGAUGAAGAGGGGUUGCCAUACAAGGGGGAGGACCGCAGGCAUGUAGCGAGCAGAAGGGCGUCACCAGCCCGGAGGGAGUUCGCGGGCAAGAGUAGGAACCAUGGCGACGAAGACAAUGCCUUGCCAUACGAGGGGGGAGACAGGCGUGUGUCGAGCAGAAGGGCCUCACCAGCCCGGAAGGGAUUCGCGAAGAACGACGGUGGCGAUAAGGAUGUCGAAUUCGAUGUCUCGCCAUAUGAUGGGGAGCGCAAGCAUGGAUCGAGCAGAAGGGUGGCGCCAGGUCGGAGGGGAUUCACCAAGGAUGAAGACGAUGUGUUGCCGUACGAAGGGGCGCGCAAGCAUAUGGUAAGCAGAAGGGCAACCCCAUCCCAGAGGAGAUUCACUGCCGCUAGAGGAGAAUAG